CAAAUUCAUUCCAAUUGACCAACUGCGCCACUGGAGAGAAGGACGCAAGCUGUUGGGGAUAAUAGUUGGAGCGAGAAAGCAACAGAGAGUGACAUCGGCAGUGGGCCGCAAAGAGCACCCGGUUGCAAGAAAUCUUGUGUAUUUCCUCCACAUAUACGUUUCAUUUGCAGUUUGUUCUUGAAAUUGCAACAACGUUGGGGCGAGCUGGAGAAAAACUUUAGUACGUGAGUUCACGAGCAAAGAAUUGAAUUUAUUUGCAGCAAAAAUUUACAAAACUGAUUAAAGUGGCACGCACUGAAUUGUCUCAAGUGUGUCAAAAAGAAGAAAAGGCAAAGAUAUUUAAAUAAAUUUGUGAUAAAUUCGAACAAUUUUGGAACUUAAAAGUCUGACUAAUACGAAAGAAAAAGCUAUUUCGAUAGAAAAAUCGAGUGUAAACGUAUCAGCAUUGAAAAGGAUUGAAUUAUUAAAAGAGAAAACAUUAAAAAUUUGUGGAUUGUGAAAAUCAAUAAGUUAACGAGAGGCUGUCAGAGCAUAUAAUUAAAAUCGAAGCAUAUAAUCUUAUAAAAAAAUGGAUAUCAAUUUUGCCGACUUGAAAAAGGAAGCAGCUGCUACCGCUGAGGACGUUUUCACUCACACCGCCGAUGCAGCAAAGCAAGCAACAAAUGCCACAUAUGACUUACUAAGUGGUGGUGGCGGGCGCGGGUCGACGGGCGCACAAGAUGAUAACUCGCACACAGAGCACUACUUUGCCAAUGAGCAGAAGGACAUUGAUUUUGAACACGUAGAUCCUCAAGCUUUCGUACAACGCAUGUCUGCUGGUGCGAAAGAGGCGCAGGAGCAGUUGGAUGCCAAAUUUGCACAACAUUCAAAUGAUUUCGAUGAUUUUUUUUCCAAUGCAUCCAAGGAUGUACAUUCCUUUGGCCAUCAACUGCAGCAUGAUACCAAACAGGGUAUACACGACUUCAUGAAAGCUGAGCGUGGCUUUUUUACCGGCGCUGGCGAUGCAAACAAACCAGCUACUGAAUUGCCAGCUCGUACAGCGGAACCAGCAACAGCAACAGCACCCAUUGUGCCCAGCAAAAUAGCUGAGCCCACUGUAAAAGAAGAUGAUUUAUUAAAUUUCAGUGCUAGUGAUGCCGCACAACAGCAUGCACCACUACAACCAUUCACCGAAGAUUUCGACGCCAACUUCGCACCUUCUGCACCUGCAGCGCCUGCAACAAAAACAAAUACUUUCUAUGACGAUGACCUAGUUGUUGGAAAGUCAUCGCAUUCCGCUUCGGCUUCCAACAAGGACUCCGAUACAGAUUCCCCUUCGCUGUCGUGUAACCCAUCGCCGGCAAAGAAGAAUCCAGUAACUGCUGCCCUCAAAGAGCAGGAUAAUGAUAAAUUUAUUUCUUCUGAGGAUCUACUUGGCGAUUUCAAAGAAGAACGCCCUGUAUCAUCCGAAUUUCAAACAAAAACGAAUAUUGUUAAACCAGUAACAGAUUUGGAUGCAGAAGAGGACGUCGUCCCUAUCGCCUCUGCACAGGCAAAGCAUUCUGAAGUUGAACAAGUUAAAGAUGAAGUAGUGCCGAAAAAUACGGCGCCGUUAGUUCCGACACCGGCAGCUAAUGCUCCUGCUGCAGCUGCAUACAAUACAGCCGCAGUUAGUGAGCCCAUUGCUGUUAAGCCGCUCGCUCCAACCGUAACAAACACGAUCUCCUCUAAGAAGGAGGCAGUUGAAGCUGUGAAACCCAAAGCAGCGCAGGCAAUCCCUGCAAGGGAGCACAAACCAUCGCAACAACAUGCGGAUCAACCCAAAAUAGUUUCCGUCGAAGAGAUAUUCUACAAAUAUGGAUUGGAUGCCUGGUUCAAGCCGGAACGCUUACAUCCACGAGUGGAGUCUCUGAUCUAUUGGCGAGAUGUUAAGAAGUCUGGUAUUUUCUUUGGUGCUGGUCUCGUCAUCCUCCUCGCCAUCUCAUGUUUCUCCGUCAUUAGUGUUUUCGCCUACCUGUCAUUACUGACAUUAGCCGGCACAGUAUGCUUCAGGAUCUACAAAUCAGUGAUGCAGGCCAUACAGAAGACCCCUGAGGGUCAUCCCUUCAAAGAAUAUCUCGACAUCGAUUUGACUCUGUCGCAAGAGAAGGUCCAAAAUAUCGCUGGCGUUGCUGUGGCACAUGUGAAUGGAUUUGUUGCAGAGCUGCGACGAUUGUUCUUGGUGGAAGAUCUGGUUGACUCAAUCAAGUUUGGUGUUAUUCUGUGGGUUUUAACUUACAUUGGUGGCUGGUUCAAUGGCAUGACUCUGGUUAUUUUAGCCUUCGUCUCGUUAUUCACUUUGCCAAAGGUGUACGAAAACAACAAACAAUCAAUUGACACAUACUUGGAUUUGGUACGAAGCAAAUUGACAGAAAUCACUGAGAAAAUAAAGGCCGCCAUUCCAAUUGGCAAGAAACCAAUCGCCGCCGAAUCUGACAAGGAUAAGUAAAGCACUUGCAAAUGCAAGAUAUUAACAGCAACAAUUUAUAUAUUGUCAUUGCAAUUACUAAACCUUAAGAGAAAAAAACAUACUUAAGAACUUAAAUAAAAAGGCGCAUACACACUCUCUCUCUCUCUCCCACACACAUACACAUAAACUCAUGCAUAUGUAUAUGGAAAUUCUGUAAGCAACCAAGAAAAAAUGUGAACGCCGAGGAAGCAGAGAAUGAAAUAAAUAAAAAUAAAGCAUUCGACAGUCUAUAGCAACAAUAACUAUAUAAUUAAAUUAAACCAAACACAACAACCAAAAUAAUAUUGCAAAACGAAAAUCUUAAAAGAGAAAACCAUAAAAAAUUUCACAUUUCAGAUGAUAAUAAACACAAGAAAAGAAGAAAAUUUAAAUGAAAUAAUUAUAAAUUAGAUGCAUGCGAAACGAGCGGCAGAGUGUGAAGCACUCAUUCCCUUCUCUGUUCUAUACUUUUAAAAUGGAAAUUUUUAAAUUUAUUUGUACUGAAUUACAUUAAUUGCAAUGCGUAAAAUUUCGUUUUUAUUUGCUAAUGAUUUAUUAUUAUACAGAUAUUAUGCAACAACUACAAACCAAUUGUAACUAAAUGCAUACAAUAUAUUUGAACAAAAAAAAAAAAAACAAAAAACAACAACUUGUUAUACCCUCAAUAGUUUUUUAUGAUAAUGCUUAUUCUAAUUUGAUUGUAUGUAAAUGUAUUUUAAAAUGCUCUAUUUUAUAUAUAAACUGUUAAAUGCAAGUGAAAAAAAUACAAGAAAUACAUAUUGAUCGACAAUGCCUAUUAAUUUAACUAUUAUGCUUAUGGACUGUUUUCGAUUAAAUGUAGCUAUUAAACGAGAAUAUAUUUGUAUUUCUCAAAUCCUUGAUUACGAGUUAAGAUUUAGCCGAACAAUUCAAAAAACAAAACCACAAAACAAAAUAUAAACAAAAAUAAAAAAAAUAUAUAAAAAAAGGAAUGUGAACGAAAAUCUGCUAGUAUGAGAAUUAAAAAGAAAUAUGAACAGCGGACUAAAAGCGAUUGUUUUCUAUUUUAAAACUAUGAGUAAAAUUCAAUAAAGAAGAAAACACAUACAUAUUGAUGAUGUUGUUAUAAUGCGAUUCAAUAACAAAAGUAACAACUUAGAAUUUAAUGAAUUCAAAUGAGUAUAAAAUAAAAACAAUAUUUCGAAUGUCCAAUAAUA